AUGCCCUCCGACGAGGCCUGGGACGAUCUGGACGCGUAUGCGUCCGACAUGGUCGAUGAAUUGGCCGAGUCGGUCGGCUCUGUAUCUGAUGGCGAGGAGGCGGCGGCCGAGCCGGUGGCUGGCGUCGAGGAGGUCGACAUGGACGAGCGUGUCGCGCUCCUUCGUGCGCCAAUCCUGUCGAUCUGUGCGGCGCUGGGCGGCUACGAGCACGUCGAGCAAGGCGAUGGACGCAUAGAGAUGGUGUAUAAGGUCGGCGACGACUGUCUCGGUGCGUAUCUCUCACUAAUUCCAGAAUGUCUCCGUGACUUGCGGCGAUUAUGGCGCCAAGACGAUACGGACGCGAGCCGCGCGAUUGCGCGUGUGUUUGCUGAGCUCGGGACCUUGCAGAACGAUUUGAUCCCCAUUCUGCUGCACUGCGCGGGCCAGGGCGACAAGGCCGACAAGAUUGCACUUGCCUGCACGGACUUGAUGACGGCACUGACGUGGCCCAUCGACUGGCUGGCCGAGCUCCGUGAUAUCGAAGCGCGUGACGAGGAUGAGGAGGUGCUGCCCAAGCUGCUUGAACUCCAGGGCGCACAGGUGCAGUACAAGGCGUCUAUCCUGCGCACGCGUGCCAAGGACCCAAAGCUUGCACACCGUACAGUGCUGCACUGUGUGCUGCAGCAUGUGCUGAUUCCCUCGCUCGCACGUCCGCGCGGCGAGCGAACGGAGCGCGACACAGGGAUCAUUGGCCUGUGCCUGCACCUCGUGCGUAACCUGCUAUCGAUCCGCGAUCCCGUCCCCAAGACGCUGGCGAGCACGGAUGCGGUCGCCAACGCCACGCUGCAGAGUGUGCUCGUGCAGCAGAUGGAGGCGACUCACCUGCUUGACACGCUUCAUAUGCUUGCAAGCCAUGCGGACACGAAAGAAUAUGAGGCAUGGGCGCCUGUGGUCGCCGACUGUGUGUACCAAAUGUACGUGGGCUCGGACGUGCGGGCGCUAGCUGCGGUGCCUGGCGCGCCGAGCGCGGCGGAUCCUCUUGCACAUUCGCUUGCGGCCGAGGCAGAAGCGCGGCGUGUGCAGCGGCCUGGCGCCACAAGACGGCAUUCGCGAUUUGGCACGACGAUCCAGUUCACGGCGCACGACGGCACGCGCCGCGUGGCGCGGCAGCCGGCCUCUCUCACGGCACCACUCGCGCAGCUGGAGCAGGGCGUACGAGAGCGGAGCCAACGGCGGAUUCACCGCCGUCGGCCUGCGACGGAGCGCGGAGCCCCGCCUACGCAUGUCGUGUGGACGCCCGGCGCGCGUGCGGUGCUGCAGGCAUGGGCGGACCGCUUUGUACGCGACGGCAUCUUUGUCGUGCUCUCGCGCGCGUACUUGAGCGACAUCCACGCGGAGCGCGAGCGCGUGGGCGACCUAGAUGCGGCGCGCUGCAAGGCCGUCCAGCUCGCUGCAUUCUUCCUUGCGUAUGUGCGUGUGCGCGAGCUGCCGUGGCGCUUUGUUAGUACGUGGCUGGAGCCGUGGGCAUUCCGCCUUGUGCGUGCGCGCGCCGCGAUCGCCCUGGAAGGGCGCCAGUGGCUCGAAUUCGUGUCGUGUGUGCGGUUGUGGACAACGCUGCUGCGUGCUGUGGACGCGUUGGCGCAUGGCACCGAGGAUGAGCGUGCGUGGGCUGACGAGCUGCAGCAAACACUCUACUAUGAUGGUGAUGCCCUCGACACGGCGCUGCAAGUGAUGCAUGCGUACUCGGCGCAGAGCUUUGCGUGUCUGGAGGCCAUCAUUGACUUUAGCUACACGCUACCGCGCAUGCUCGAGCAGCAUGCUCACCGCCACACGCACAUGUUUGUCCAAAGACACGCCGGCGGCGACGACGGGCGGCACGAGCGUGAAUUCCGCUUUGCGUCGUUCCAGCGUGCGAUGGCCACAUCGAAGCUGGUGCAUGCGUGCACGCAGUACCUGGUGCGUUGGCGCGACUCGAUGCGGCCCGCCGAGCUGCUGCCGCGCCUGGCUGCGGUCGUACACCGGGUCGUAGUGCGCUGCGAGCGUGUGGACCUAUUUUUUGGCGCGCGUGUGCGCCAGAACUGGGCACGCGCCCUCGCCGCGCCGCGCGACGCAGCUAUGGCGCGGGUCCACCCACAGGCAGCGCGCGAUUUGAGCCGGCUGCACAAGAAGCUGGCGCGCUCGUUUGCGCGCCUGGAUGGUGCAGCGCAGGCCGCGUACGAGGCAGACCGUCGCCCGCCGCGUGUGCAUGCGGUGACCGACGUGUAUGUGCAGUCGGACCUGACGCACGGCGAGCAAAUUGGCGUUGCGGUGGGUCUCCUAGCCGAGGCGCACAAGCUCACGGGUGUCUCGUGGGUGCGCACGGCAUUGGAGCGUGCGGCAGCAGAACGCAUGGCACUUGGCGAUAUGGACGCACAGAACCCGCCCGAUGUGCUGCGUGCGCAGUUUGAGGCACAUGUGCUGCCGGAUGGCGGGCCGGAUGCCGAGCAGUGUGCCCCGCUGCGCCUGCUGUGCCGCCUCGUUGGCCUGCAGAGCGAAGUGCGCGAACAUGCCCUAGUGUGGUAUGUGCCAGCUGCCGCAGUGCCCGGCGAGCUCGUCCGGGACGCACGUCUAAUUGACCAGUACCUCGCGGCGCCGCUCGUUAAGGAGGGCUGUGCGCUCGCUGACCUGGUGCACCGCCUGCGCCCCCCCAAGCGAGCGUCGCGCAAGCGCUCGGCGCCGACGGAUGAUACCCCUGCGCCUACCAAGCGCACCACCGGUGCCGAUAUGCCGGCCCUCUCGUCCGGCUCGUCGCCGCCUACGAGCUCGCCCCGUGGUUGGGAGCGUGCGCCGAGUCUGCCGGCCGUAUCAGAGCCGUGGGCCAAGUCGCCGACGCCCGCGUGGACGCUCAGCACGCCCGACGAACCAUAG